UACAAUAAUUAUGUGUGUAUUUUAGAGUUAAAGAAAGAGCGGAGAUAUGAUCACUUUAUAUCUAUAAUGACUAAUUUAAUAUGAACACGUAAGUUAAAAAGAGAUUUCACAAACAUUACUGUUCAGACAGAACAGUGUAUACGGAGAUGGAUAAGUGUGACAGAGGAAACGACUGAGUCACCAGACAAGCCGAAGAAAGUUUCAGAUAAGAAAGAUAACCGUGAUAAAUCUGAAAAAUCUACUGACAAGAAAGAAAAAAAAGUUGAAAAAAUGAGAAGGCAGACAAAGCAACCAAAAACGAAGGAAAAGAAUGAGAAAUUAGAAAAUACAGAUAACGGAAGUGUAAAUGGAGUUAACGGAGAUGUUGGUUCGGAGGAUGGGGAAGGAGUUGAGACAGAAGAUGAACUUCGGGACGAAGAGAGGGAAAAAUUAUUAAGGGUUUUAGUUGGAGAGUUGGAGGACCUUCCACCACUGGGGUCAAAGAUUGUCAGAAUCUUCACAAGUUCAACCUUUACAGACACAACAAUGGAAAGAAAUGCGUUGAUGGAAAAUGUUUAUCCGAAGUUGAAGAGCAGUCUGCGAGAGAAAUAUGGUCUCGAGUUUCAGGUUGUUGAUAUGAGAUGGGGUGUUCGAGACGAGGCUACUGAUGAUCACAUGACCACUUCAUUAUGUAUGCAGGAAAUUGAUAAUUGUCAGCGACUGUCUAUUGGUCCAAAUUUUAUUGUGUUCCUUGGUCAGAAAUACGGCUAUCGACCUAUUCCUACCCACAUAGAUGCUGACGAAUUUAACAUGCUGCGGGACUGUAUCCAGAAUGAAGCCGAUGAGCUUGAGUUAAUAGACGUAUGGUACCGACGCGACUAUAACACAAUACCAGCGGUGUACAUUCUGCAACCAAUCAGCUCUAUUCUUACCAACUUUAACAAUAAGCGAAAGAAGCGCCUAAUGGAAACGGAUCGGAAGACAUGGUGGGACAUACUGGGUAGAUUACAGAGAAUUUUGAGAAAGGCUGCACAAGUACUGUUUAUUGCGAAGAAAUUUGACCGGGAACAAAUGCAUAACUAUUUUAUGUCUGUUACGGAAAGAGAAAUUACGCGAGGAAUUCUUAAAGCAAAAAAUGUGAAGGACCAUUGUUUGGCAUAUGUGAGGGAAAUAGAAAACAUCAAUAUCACCUUGCUGCGAUUUGCUGAGAAAUUUAUCAAGUUUGUCGACAUUUCUGACAGGAAUGUCGAUGGUGACGCACAGAAAAUGUUAAAAACAUUACGUGAUGAUAAACUUCCUGCCAAAAUGCCAGAUUCAAAUAUUGUCAGAUUCAAGGUGGAAUGGGGAGGAAAAGAAGGCAUAGAUAUAAAAAUACACAAGGAGUAUAUAGAGACAUUCUGCCAACAUUUCUAUUCUAACGUGCUCCGGCUUGUUGAUGAUGCUAUGACAAAGAACGAAAAAUUGUCGACGAAUUCGGUGUAUGUAGAGGUACUACAGCAUCUGAAGGCUUGCUACAACUCUUGCAAAGUUUUUCAGGGAAGAGAAGACAUGGUUACGAUGAUACAACAAUAUGUGUUAGGGAAAUUAGGGAAAUCUGACAAGCCCCUUAUUUUGUUUGGCGACAGCGGCUGUGGUAAAACCUCACUUAUGGCAAAAGGUUCAAGCCAGGCCCGGUCAUGGUUUAGCAAGAAUUCAUCACCGUUUCUUGUUCUUCGGUUUCUCGGUACAACACCGAACAGUUCAAGCAUCAUCCCAUUGCUAAAAAGUCUGUGUCAGCAACUUACAUGGUUGUAUGAAAUACCUGACGAAUACAUACCGGAUGAACUAUCGCCACUAGUCCAACACUUUAAGAAACUGUUGACAUAUGCGUCUAAAGAGAAACCACUUGUUUUAAUUUUGGAUUCUCUUGAUCAGUUAUCUGGGGCUCACGGGGCUCAUCAAUUGGCAUGGUUACCUACAACUUUACCGCCUAACGUUCGCCUAAUUGUUUCAACAUUACCGAACUAUUAUGGAAUUCUGGAUACACUGCGCAAUAUGACUGAGAUACCUGAAAAUUAUAUAGAAGUACUUCCCCUUGGAGAGAAUCUCAGCGCUACGAUAUUAAAAUUUUGGCUGAAGAACGCUAACCGUACUCUUACGGAGGAACAGAGGGGACUUGUGAACGAGGCAUUCACAAAGUGCAACUUACCUCUCUAUGUUAAACUCGUGUUUGAUGAAGUGUGUCGCUGGAAAUCUUACACCGCGCUUCAAAAUAUUUCACUUGCAUUAAAUAUCCAUGACAGUAUUUACAAACUGUUUGAACGCAUUGAGAUUCAGCACGGGAAAACACUUGUGUCACACGCACUUGGAUACAUAACUGCGGCAAAGAGCGGACUGUCUGAGGCAGAGCUUGAAGAUCUUCUAUCAUUGGAUGAGAAGGUUCUUAAUGACGUCUACCAAUAUCAUCUUCCACCUGUGAGAAGAAUACCUCCCCUUCUUUGGACCAGAAUUCGUAGUGAUCUACCUUCAUACUUAAGCGAGCGUGAAGCUGAUGGGGCGAAUGUCGUAAAUUGGUACCAUCGCCAGUUUAUUGAGGCUGCAAAACAGAGAUACUUCAAAAAUUUGAAUUAUGCCAGUGAAAUUCACUCUAACAUUGCAGAAUAUUUCCUUGGAAUGUGGGGAGGAGGAAAACCAAAGCCGUUUGAAUACACAGAAAGUCAAAGAAAGAUGUUCCACCUAGAACAGAAAGGUUGUAAGAAGGAUCGAAAGGUACCAAGUCAGCCCCUCCUUUUCGCUGACGAAAGCGGCAACCAGCUGAGACAUAAUCUUCGCAAACUGAAUGAACUUCCAUAUCAUUUAGUACGAUCACAUAGAUAUGAAGAAUUGUACUGCCAAGUCAUUUUCAACUACAACUGGUUGCAUGCAAAACUGAAUUCUAUGCCUCUUCAGUCUGUUUUAUCUGAUUUCGAAGAUCUUCUUGACCAUGUUUAUCAGAAAGAUGUUAAACUUAUUGCCGACGUUAUUAGGCUGUCUAGCUCCAUACUCGGUCAUUGUCCUGAUAAUCUCGGUCCACAGAUAAUCGGUAGACUUCUGCCUUACUUCACGAUCAAUGAAAACAUCCGAAGUCUGAUCCAACAGUGUGAUACAGACGGAUUGACCCGUUGUGCGUUAGUACCAGUUCACCAUUGCCUGCACACCCCUGGUGGGCCGUUGCAGUUCUCUCUUGAAGGACAUUUAUCAGCUCCGUUUGGAAUCGUUGUCACUUCAAACGCAAAAUAUCUUAUCUCCGUUUCAAACACAUUCAUAAUAUUUGAUCUCUCAACUGGAGAGGUUUUCCGAACAAUAGCACCGGGAAUUGAAGGGAUUAUGCAAAGUCUUGUCGUGUCAGAAAAUGAUAAGUUUGCUGCAGGGUUUACAAACAAUAAUCAAGUGAUAGUGUGCAAUAUUCUGACUGGUGAGCAUGUCAAGAUAAUGCCCCCAUUGAAAGUGCAAAAGGAGUCUACAGUGUUGGGUACCACAAUGAAUAAUACUCAUUUAGUGAUAUGGACUGAACAUGAGUGGUUUUUGUAUACUAUAAGCGGUAGGUUCCUUUCAAGGCAUACCAUAGAAAUGAGCAUGCCAAUUAUAUCGUCAGACUUUGGUCCCGAUGGAAGGCUUUACAUUGUGGUAAAAAGUGGUGGACCAAAUGACAAUGACAUGACAUUGGAAAUGAGUGAUAAUUCUAUCGAACCAUUUGAGUUCCACAGUGCCAUAUCUAUAUCAAAAGACAAACAAAUAAUGUACACGUGUACAGAGAAAAGUGACAAUUUUGUGGCAGUUUAUAAACGAGAUGGUGCUGUUUGGAGGUACGACAAAACUUUAGGGGAUAAUUUUGACAUGGUGCUUGCCUUAAAUUUGUCGGAAGAUGAAAAGUUCCUUGUUGCAACUAUAGCUCUUGGGUACAAACUCUGGAAUUUGAAAACAGACGUAAUGGUUCCUUUGAAAUUACCGCACGGAACACGAAAUAAUCUUACAAAGAACACUCUAAAUGGAUUAGUGACUCUAACAAGAAAUAACCAUUUUGUUGUAGCUGCUGUCAGGAAAAAUCUUUAUGUCUGGGAUGUGAAACAAGGCAAUAUGGUGAAAGUACUAGAUGCUCAUUUUGGCAGGAUAAUCGCUCUCACAGCGGUAACCCAUGGUUGCAAUAAAAUAAUAUCCUCAUCCAUUGACAAAACUAUUAAAGUCUGGAACUUUGAUAACAUUUUAGAGGAUGUUCAUUCAAUUGACAGACUCGAAAAGCCGAUAGAGACAAUAGAUAUAGCAUCGGAGGUUCCAAUAUGUGUAACUACCAGUAGAAACUGUGUUGGUGUAUGGAACCUAGAAAAUGGAAAAUUAUUAAAGACAUUUGGAACUACUGCGUCAACCUCAGUUAUAACUGAGGCUGUUAUCACUGGCGAUGGAAAUUAUGUGUGUGCAUCAGAAACAGCAAAUAUUGUCAUGUGGGACGUGUCAAAAGAUGCUGCAGUAAAAGUAAAAACUCUUCCUCAAAUAGAUACACAAAAACUUAUAAGAAACGAAUUUGAUACGCGUAUCAUUGCAAUUGGAAAACUUGGAGAUACUAAAGGAUCUGUUGUAUGCUAUUCUUUGCCAGAGGGGGAUCAAAUAUACAAGUUCGAGUAUGGUCUUAGGGUGUUCAAAAACGGAAUAAUCACAUGCGACGGGUCAUUUCUUGCUCUUCCAGCAGUUGAUAAAAGUGGAGACGUUAUUGGAGUUUACCACGCAAAAACGGGAACUCAUUUCUACAACUUUCAGUUGAAAUACGCUACCUAUAAGCCAUUGAUAAAACUUAUCCCGAUGCCACAUGACCCAAAUCAGGUUGCAUUAAUUGAUGAAGACAAGGGCAAUAUUUUAGAUUUGAAAAAGAAAACAUUAGUUCGGUCAGUUACGCGAUGGAACGGUCAAGUCACAAAAACUGGAAAAAACGGACUUUAUGCACCUAGCAGAGGGGGUUUAGAAUACCUCGAGUUAAAGCAUGGCAAAACUGUGAAAACUUUGAUUAAAAAAGUUGCGGAGGGUGUGUUUAGCGUUGAUGUUAUGUUCAGUAAAAAUGACCGUCAUGUAGUUUACUAUCAUUCCGGUCAUAGGACACUACGUGUGUUCAGACUAAGUGAUGGAAAAAUGGUUGCAAAAUACAAGGCGCAAGCAGAAGUGAAAGUUUUAACUUGUAGUCCAGGUGGAAUGUCCGUAAUUAUCGGAUGUGUAGACGGAAGUAUGACAGUGCUUGCGCUUGCAGAUCCGUUUUAUGAAGAGAAUAUAUCGUUUCUAAAGGCUAUACCAAGUAGACAAAGGCAUCAGAUAGGUAUUGGUCAAGUGAGUGGUGACAAAAAAUGUGAUUCAACGACACCGAAAAAUAGUAUUGGUACAGCUUUUCAGGUGGCGCGAUUUGUAGCAAAGGCACGAGGUGCACAGGGGUCGGGUGCAUGCAUUCAAUCUUGAAAGUUACAUACAUACAAUGGACGGUUAUGUAGCUUUUCAGAUAUGUUUGAAAUUUAGACUCCGAUAGUGACAAUAUGCUGAGAAUAUUAUACAAUUAAGUAUGAAGUAAUUUUUCCCAAAGUAAAUCUUCUUAGAUGAUUCGUGAUUCUUGACAACAAAAACUACAGUAGAUAUAAUUGUCAGAUUUGCUAUCUUUAUAAAAAUUAAUGAAAAGUGAACAAAAUUAUGAAAUAAUAGAAACGGCAUGCAGGAAAUCUGAACGUAAUAUUGUUCGAUUUAUGUUUGUGAUGAUAAGAUAUACUUUAAGCUGGUAUGUAUAUUUCUAUAUCAUAUUUAACGUUUUUGAUAUAUUUGUGAUUGUCAUCUUUUGUUAGCUUUAAGGUUCGGAUAGAAUUUCAGUAUCGCAAAACAAAGUACAGGUAUUCCUUAAAAUGAAUGGUUAAUUUCAUUUGUUAAUUAUCAUGUACUUUCUAGUAUAAGUUGUAAAAUAUUUACAUAACAAUGUCGUUCAGCUUAAAAAUAACGGUAAUCUAACUCACUACAAUUCCUGUCAACGGGCUCUACGUACGUGAAGGUAAUGGCGUAUAAUUAUAGUCUUGAUAAAAUGUUAAAAUGUAGAUUCUAUGUGAACUGUGCUUGUGCUUGAAAAAAAAUGUGUUGUAGAGUAAAUAUGUUUUUACAAAGGUUAAGUGAUUAAAGGCAGGUGGAGCGUUUUCUUGGUAGAGGCAAGAGGUACACAGGAUUGCUUUUUAUUACAUUACGUUCAUUGUAUAAUGUUUUACGUUUUAAUAUUUAUUGCUUCUGAGACACAUCAGACGGACGUUUUGAAGUAUUGUUGCGUUGAAUUUCAAACUCUUUAUUGAUGCAUAAUAAUAAAACAUCUCUAAAAAGGGCUAUAGCAUUAUCUUAAAUUUCUUUUAUUCACAUAGAAUGUUGCGUUGAAUUUCAAACUCUUUAUUGAUGCAUAAUAAUAAAACAUCUCU